AUGAGGAUCAGUACAGUUAUAGCAAAUUCCAUAGAACUUACAGAUCUUUUGUAUUUACUACAUAAAGUGAAUAUUUUAAGAAAAAAAAUCAAAAUGAAGGAAGAAGAGUUAAAAUACUGUCUCCGUUUAUUAGAUAAUUUAACAGUUGAAUUAUUUGAGGAAGUGUUACAUAUUUUCUAUAGUGUCGAAGAAUCUAAACCACUAAAAGAGUUAUCUGAUGAAGUUAUAGAAUUUUUAAAACUUAAUUUACUAAGUAAUCCAGUUACAACAUCAGUAAUACUUAAUUUUUUACAAAUCUAUGUAACUCAAAAAGAUUUGUAUAAAAUUCAGACACUUUAUCUAAAUGCGCUUAGAAAUCAUAUAUCAAACAACUGUCUAGAUAAAGUUAUAACAACAUUGUCAUUAGCAAAGUGGGAUGACAAUUUGCAAACUCAAUUUAUCAACAAUGUAUUUAAAUAUUUCUCCGAUGAUAUAUUUAGACAGCACAGGAAGCAAAUACUUAUUAGUCUGGUACCCCAUGAUAAACCAGAAUUAAUAAGUAUCGCUUGUGAUUUAAUGCAUAGAAAUGAAUCACAAAAGAACUUCAAAUUGACAGCUGAGUAUAUGAUAGAGCUAUGCUAUCAAAACAAGACUCAUUGGCUUCUAAAAGCUGCCCAAAUAUACAAACAGCAGCUGCAUGAUAUGAAAAAUGUCACAUUUGAAAUAAAUAACUUCACAAAACAAAUACUCAUUAUGGUGCUUAUUGAUCUCACAAAUUGUCCAGAGACAUAUGACUUGGCAUCACUUGUAAAUCAAUUGUCCAAUGUAUUUUCAAUACUUGAUACAUAUACCACAACAGAUAAAAAUCUACAAUUUUACAUGACUGAAGUGAAAAGAGAAUUAACAGUUAUAAAAUUUUGUCUUGAAAACAACUGCAAGAUCUUGACUACAUCCAUAUUCUACCAGGUUUUAAAUCAGAGUGCUUUAACAGUCCUAUCACAAGUCUGCAGAUUAUCAAAGGUGGAUAGAUAUAAAGUAUCUAGAUUACUGAAUACGAAUAAUGAAUUUAUUUCAGAUUUACUAUCAUUGAGUAAUAAAAAACAUGAAAAAUUUGACAAAAACAACAGUAGUUGGGAUAUUUCAACUUAUAACAGUUAUUGUGCUAUUUCUAAGAUUAUAGAUACAAUAUUAAAUUCAUCUGAAGCUGUUGAUAGCACUCAAGAAAUUGGUACAUCUAUGGACGACAUUAAACGCUUAGUGUUAUCAAUUCAACCUUUGCAAUAUUGCAUUGAAAUUAUUGAAACUAUAUUUGCAUGUUUGUUUUUGAGAUAUGAAUAUUUCUCAUACUAUGAACAGAAUCAAGAUUAUCCUUGUGGCACUCAUUCAGAAACGUCUUAUUUUUAUUCUAAAAAGCAGACACGAAGUCCUAAAAAUGUUAAUAGUUCUACUACUGGUUUUAUGUGCAAUGCUUUUACGACUCAAAUUAUUUUGAAUACUCUCAAGUUAUGCUUGGAGUCGUUGUGGGAAAGGGCCGAGAUAAGUAAUCUCGAAAGGGAAGAUCCGAAUACUUCGGUGCGUUUAAAAACACUUGCAAAUGUAGUGAAUCAUUCGAUAUGGAAGAUGCAAUUAGUUUCAACACUAUCACCGGACACAAAUCCACUCCAGUUAAAACUGUGUCUUGAUUACGUGGAAGUUGACGAAAGUAGUGAAGAUGAAGACCGGGAAUUUGAUCAGAAAGCUUUAAGAAAAAAGCCUAAAGUUCGUAGACGUCAUACAAAUCCAAAACCAGAAGUUGAACAAGCCAUGCUUACUUCAACUAUCUCAGCAACUGAGGAUGCAUGUUCAUUAAAGAAGAACCCUAUAGAUUUCAUUUCAAUAAUGCUGGCCAAACCGAAUUGCUUAGUUGCGUUGGCAUUAUACCAAAACGAUUUUUCUAAAGCAAAUCAAAUCUUAGAGAUGUUCGAUUUGUCAGAUUCAGAAAUUGCUACAGAAGUAACGUUUACAGAGCAAUUGAGACAUUUGAUUGCAAAAAUAAAAAAUAUUAUUUGCUAUCGAGAUUGUUCCCGCUACCCUACUAAAGAGCUAUCGGCGCUGUCAGUCGUCUCUACAGAAGUUAUGGGCCUCGUAGAUGGCUUCCUAGCGUCAAAUAGACCACCUAAUUCGUUUGACAUUAUCGAAUUAGGCGUCCGACAUCCACAUCUACAGCUGUAUAGUCAUCAAAACGCACCAUUUAUUAACGCUGUUGAUAUUCUUUUGAGCAGCGGACUAAAUAGAGAAAUAACGUAUGGCUUAAUAAACGUAGUCGAACGAAAACUUGCAGAAGUGCGUUGCAGUACAGACAUAACUGCGGUAAAGAAAACAAACUAUAUUAGAUUCGUUGAAGACGUAGCAAGUGUCACUUUCGAAAUAUUUGGUAACACAGAUAAAUCUUUUGAUUUUGCAGAUAAUAUCUGUGAAAUUAUAACAGAUUGUCGUAUUCCAAUUAAACAUAAAGAAUUUUGUAAAUUAAAUCAGCUUUCAAAAGAGCUCAGGCAAUGCUGUUUGGAUUUAGCUGAUGUUGUAACUCCAAGCCAAGCUACCCAUUUGGACGAAAAAGCAUUACAAAAAUAUCAUCAAAUUUAUAUGAAUGUUGUUGCCGCUUCUGACAAAGAUCUAUAUAAUUUGGCUGAGGUUUCUCGCCACGGCUCUAAAAAAUCUCGGGUGCACUAUUUAAGGAAAUGCUAUAUGUACACAAAAUCUGUAUUUCAACUUGAACAGGAAGAUAAGGAUAAUGAAACUGACGCUGAUGUUCCGUAUUUCCACAUAUUAGAAAAACAGUUGCACGAUAUAUUUGGAAGUAUGCUAAAUAACAAAGAGUUACCAAUAACAUAUUUGGAGCCGAUAUGCAAGAAAUUAAACAUAAACCUGAUCCCUAAACUAAUUCUCAACUUUUGUCCUUCGAUUACUUUGGCUAGUUCGUUGAGAGAAGCCAGCGAGGAAAAUUUUAAUAAUCUGUUACAAGUUGUGUAUGAUUUUAAAAAUGCGGAGGAAAAAUUGUUUGUCGAACCAAUCGCCGAUAUGGCACCAUUGCCCCGCACUCCUGACCCACAGUGUCUUACAUACAUUGUCUUACACAAUUGGGUGUUAGCUCAUAUUAUUAGAAGGAUACAUCCCGUUCUAACAGAAAGUACUACGCAGCAGAAUACCGACGCCCGUACUAAAUAUCUUAAUAAAUAUAUGGAAUUAGACAAAUUUGAUUGUACGAAAGUUUUGUUCGGAGGAAAUAAGUGCUUGGCUUCACUUCAUACAAUAAUAGAUUUGGACAAAUUGUUUUUAUAUAUGCCUCAAUUGUUAGAAUCCGGAAAGAUUUUGCAGUGUUUAAAAAUAAUAGACGCACUAUCAGAACGCCAGCUUAAGUGUAGCGCGAAUUUAAUGAAUUUACGAGAUUUGAUUUUAUUCAAAAUAGCAACUAAUCCCGUAAUUCCAUACAAUUGGAAAUAUUGCCAAUAUCUAAAGUGCUCAGAGUUGAAACAAGGUCUUAUUCUCAACAAUUUGUCUCGGUGGCCCGCGGAAGGCGCUAUGGAAGCUAUUAACUACUUACGAUUCACCUUGGACCAAUCUAUGAUGGAAGAUGGCUUAUAUCAAAAAUGUUCUGAUUGGAUUAUAAAAAUACCACUUUAUGAACAGAUUUCUUCCAUAAUGGGGAGUAACCAUUGGUAUGUGAUUUACGAAAAAUCUCUGGAGAGUCCGGAAAAUAUUAUCGAAGUUCUCAUGGAUAGCCAACAGUUCAAAUUAUGUCUGGAAUGGGCGGAUGCUCAUGACGUUUCAGAACACAUGAAAAAUUUAAUCGUUGUGAACCUCUUGCGGCAAUUAUUUGAAUAUACAAACCAAGCUACACCAUCUUUAGUACGAGAAUUAUUAGGACGACUGCCAAAACCUCAAGCGACAGAGUUAGUUGCAGAUGAAAUAGCUAAAAUUCGAAAUAUAGAAAUUUUGCAAGUGUGUAUCGAUUUUAUUAGCGCAAACUCAACCAUUUGGAAAACAUUUGAAAAUAUAAAAAUUGGUUUCUUAAUAAUGAUAGAAAUUGAAGCGAAUGCAAGAGCCUUAUUCUGGGAUUUGAUAGAAAAACCUUUGAUCAUGCUCGAGCAGCUUUUGAUGAACGCCAAAUUGGAAAUCUUGGCGCAGAUCAUCAAUAGAAUUUCAUCCGAACUGAAAAACGAUCCUUCCGGGGACAAUCUAUACUACAAUAUAAAGUCUAUAGAUACGUUGCUAAUAUCGCGAAAUGCUGUCGAUGCCUUAUUAAGGUAUUAUGCAGAGAAAGCCUUAGAUAUGAAAAAUUCAAGCCACUCUAGCCCGUCUCCACCAAAGCCUUGGGACGAUUCACUGUUACAAUCCAUAGACUCAAUAAAUAUAGAAGCUGCAUCUAAACCGUUUGUGAUGCCCGAAAAUGUGCCAAUGAAAGAUCAGUGGGUCGAAGAUUACACAACCGAUAGAUGUAUGCUGUGCAAAAUGUCAAUAUUUUCUAUGAUUAUAAGACGACAUCACUGCAGACGCUGCGGUAGGCUCGUGUGUCAUGGGUGCUCUAGAAAUAAAAUGCAGGUGCCAACAUAUCCCAGCGGUGUAAAAUUCCGUGUAUGCGACGAUUGCUACGCACAAACGAUGAAUAGAAAAUCUAACGUUGACCAAGACAACAUGAUGCAAAGUAGCAACUCGGAUUCCGCCGCGAGUGGCACCGUCUGUAUGGACUGGUGCCUCUCAACCAAUCCUAAGAAGAACGAAGCCGUCAGAGCAGAGUUUAGUUACGAGUUUACACCGAAUGUGACACUUUGCCUGUCGAUUAUGAAAAUGCAUUCUAUCAAUUUAGAUUAUCCUAGGUUUCUUCUGGACCGGAGUGACGAAGUGGCCCACGAGCUCGCCAACGGCGGGGAUUCCCGGCUACUAGUGAGCGCCAGGCGCUCGCUUCUCAUCGCCGCCGCGGAGAUUUACUCAAGAGCGCCUAAUGAAAAGUCCGCGGGCGCGCGCGUAGCGGAGACGGGCGCGGCGCACGCGGCGCGCUGCCUGGCGCACGCGGACGCCAUGGCCGCGCUCGUCAAGCACCAGGUGCACCACCUCGUGCCGCACCAGGGCGCGCAUCCCAGUCAAAUAGUCCGUUCAUUGUUAGAAGCUGAAAAAUGGGAGUUGGCAUUAGAAAUAGCGACCAAAUCGGGUAUUCCCCGCGCGAGCGUCCUCGCCGCGUGGGGCAAGGCAUGUCUCAAAGCUGGAUGUUUCAGGGAAGCUCGAAGAAAAUUUGCUUUGUGCUUUAAAAACGCACCAAAUGUAUGUGUAGAGGUUUCUGAAGAAUUAGAGUAUGGGAAAGAAGCUUCGGAGUCCCAUUUUAUGAACAAAAGAUUGCAUUCUAUGAGGUCUUCGGAUAGAACAAGUUCGAUGUCCAGCGUUCAGUCCGAAGGCCGCUCAAGAAGCAACCCGUUGUUGAAUGAAAUUAUUAACAUGCUUGAGGAAAUGAACUAUCCUGUAAACCAACAGUUACUGGACAAGGCCGAAAAUAUAAAAGCUACAAACGAAAAAUUAUCAACAAUGAAUACGAGUAAAAAGAAAAUAACGCUAACGGAACCGGCGUUAAACAUAAUGCAUACUUUGGCCAGUGUUAAAAAGAUAAAGCAAGGUGACUACAGCGAUUUCCAAACAGCCACCGUACAACCGAAAAAGUCUUUAGCACAAGGACUUUUACGAAGAAAUAACAACCACGCCGAACCGAAAGUCGACCACCAUAAUAAAAAACUUGACCCCUUCUUUUAUAAAGAAUGUGUGUAUUAUUUAAGUAAUUAUGGAUCAUACGUAUCUAAUAUAAUGUUUUAUAUGAAGCAUAGCACUUUGGGUGAAGUACUUAGAUAUUGUUAUGAUAAUACGGUGGACAAGGAAACCUUUACAGAAUCAGUUUAUAUGGAUUGCCUAAAGAAGGACAAAGUGAGUGAUCUGUUGAAGGCGAUGAGCGAUAUGGACUCAACUUUUGGGAUAUGGUCGGAGUACAUAAUGCACGUGUGCCGCACGCUGGAGGCGCGCAAGCAGCUGGAGGCGCUGUACGCGCUGCAGACGGGCACGGCGCAGCACGCGCGCGCCGCGGCGUCGUGCGCGCUGCUGUACGCGCGCCGCGCGCCGGCGCCGCGCUGCGCCGCGCUGCACGCGCGCCGCGCGCGCCUCGCCGCCGCGCUGCACCACCUCGCGCUCUGCGUGCCCGCCGCCAACAAAGUAAACGACCCAAGAUCAAUUCAAUUUAACUUAGACAAAGCGACCAUAGACAAUCUGAUGACUACUAUGUCUAGGCAAAUGGAGUUAGCCAAAUACCUAGCUGAUUGUGAAGCCAGCGGCAGGCUGACGGAGAAAGUGUUCCAGGAAAUUAUCCCGGUUCAAAGCAGCCGGCAAGAGGAAAGUGACUCAAGGCCGCUAACACUCUUUGGCUCUAAUACAGAUAAAAUAAGAAUUGUCGCCGUCGUAUUGGCUACUGGACCGUCCAUAGAAGGAGGCUUCGAUUUAGCUUUUAAGAUAAUUACUGAACAUAAAUUAGACUCAAUGAAUAUAUACACUCAUGUGGCCAAAUAUUUGGUCAACGCAGAUCGAUUCAUGGAAGUAAAGACGUUGGCGAGAUGUAUACGGAAUUCUAAAGAGACGGCAGCCAAUCUAAUGAGCGACCAGGUGCUGGAGGCGGGCGCGGGCGCCGUGGUGGCGCGCUGCGACGCGCGCGGGCAGCUGCACGACGAGCAGGCCGAGCUGCUCAUUGCCGACAUCACCAGUGUCGCCAUUAAGAUAUCGUGCUACCUGGUGUGCCGCAACGUGAGCAACGCGUACAUCCUCGCGGCGAGGCACGACCGCACCAACGACCUGCGCCGCGUGCUGCUCGAGGCGGAGCGGCUCGGCAACGAACAAGUGCGGAAUGCUUGUCUCAAACGACUCACCUCGAAAAAUAUACACUUA